AUGGGAGGAACUGGAGAAGAGGUAGAAGACGGAGAUCCCUAUCGCGUCUACACUGUGGUGAGAGUCAAACAACUUUGGGUCUGGACCAUUCUUGAUGAAUGGGUUAUCACAGCCACGCCACAUGCCGUCGACGAACUCCAAGAGGAUGACUUGCCAAAAGAUUUCUUGAGUCAUCCUGACAUACACGAGCAAAUUACAGAAGCAUCCUCUAAACCGGGGUUUGCGGCUCGCGUCGCAACACUCAUCACCAACUAUUGCGUAGACACAUACGAGAGAAAAAGGAGUAGCGAACAGGUCGACGCCAGUCAAGACAGCGAUAGUUCGAGUUCCAAUAGCCACGAUGUUAAGGAAGAGCUCGCCACUCGCUCAAUUCGUCAGCUGUUCUCCGAUAUCGUCAACGAAAAUGCGAGAGAAGAGAAGAGACUCUUCAGUGAUUGCCAUAGCUUAACACAGUCAAGGAAGAAAGGAAACGAUGACAAGCUGAAAAGUAUUCUCACACAGGCUUCGAAGUUGGCAUGCGACAUUAAAGACCUCCGCGAUGAACUCAACAUGCUACGCAGCAUUGUCAAUUCCCAACUGACUGUUCAAAAUGAAAUGCCUGGGAAUACAAACGGUUCCAGUAGUAUUACGGGGCAGUACUUCUCUAAGGAUCUUGAGGAGUUAGAAAAUGUUGCCAAAAGGACACAGGAGAGUCGAUACAAUCUUAACCCUCGCAGAAACUGA